AUGUCAACUAAUAAUAAACUACUUAAGAUUGUUACUGUUAUGUCGACGAGGACAAUUAAUUCAGUUAUUUAUAAUAGGCUACGUUGUUCAUUUUCGUCAUUCACACAGUUGUAUCCGAUAGAAGCAGUACUGCAAACACAUGCGGAUUAUCAUUAUUUUACUAGACUAGGUGGUCGUUCUCACAAUCGACAACUGUGUUCAACUACAUCCUCUAGAAAACUUCCAGUUUUAACACUGUACACAAAACAACCAUGCCCACUGUGUGACGAAGCACUGCAUCAUUUGGAGCCUUUCUUAGAUCAGGUAGUCCUUGAAAAAGUGGAUAUAACAUCACCAGAAAACAGAGCUUGGUGGAAACUGUACCGCUACGAAAUUCCAGUCUUUCAUCUUAAUGGUAGAUUCCUCAUGAAACACAAGGCAGACCUUGAUAUUUUUAAAACGGCUCUUAGUGACUUCCAUAAAAAGAAUAUUACAUCUUGA